AUGGACAUCCCAGGCGUAAACGAAAAUUGGGAGCUGGAAGUGAACCCACUCAUGCAGGAGAUGCAUGCGGCUCACCGGGAAGAUGAGUAUUUUAAUCCCCAAGAGCUGCUCGUUAGCGGAGGCCAGACGACAACCGCAAGCUCCCAAUCGCCCAUCUCCGCCACCAAUGCGCCCUCACUUAGCCCAGGAGGAUCAGCAACGGGCGCACCAUCGGGAGCCCUCAGUCCUGGGGCCGUUUCGCAAACCUCGCAAAACAAUGUCUCCCUCGGUGGCGGUGGUGGACCGGGCGGUGGUGGUGGUCCGGGAGGACCGGGUGGUGGUGGUGGACCGACGACGUCCUGCUGUGAAAAUGGCCGCCCGAUCAUGACCGAUCCCGUGUCCGGGCAGACGGUCUGUUCCUGCCAGUACGAUUCAGCUCGGCUCGCACUUUCAGGCUAUUCGCGCAUUCCCACCGGAAGUGUCGGUGUCUACGGGACGCCCUAUCCUUCGACGGAGCAGAACCCUUACCCGAGCAUCGGUGUGGACAGUUCUGCCUUCUACUCCCCACUGAGCAACCCCUACGCGCUGAAGGACAGCGGGCCAACAAGUGAUAUGACAGCGUGGACUUCCGCCGGGCUACAACCGACCACCGGAUACUAUCCGUACGAUCCAACCUUAGCUGCCUAUGGGUACGGUGCCGGGUACGAUCUGGCCGCACGUCGGAAAAACGCAACGCGCGAAUCAACCGCAACGCUAAAGGCGUGGCUGAACGAGCACAAGAAAAACCCGUACCCGACGAAGGGCGAGAAGAUCAUGCUCGCGAUCAUCACCAAGAUGACGCUGACGCAGGUGUCCACCUGGUUCGCGAACGCUCGCCGGCGGCUCAAGAAGGAGAACAAGAUGACGUGGGAGCCAAAGAACAAGACGGACGACGACGACGACGCGAUGGUGUCGGACGACGAGAAGGACAAGGACGACCUCGAUCCGGACAAGGGUGGUCGUGAUCAUAAAGACAUGCACCACCACCAUCACCAUCAGCAUCACGUCAAGUCCGAGCACGACAAGGACGAGGACGACGAUGACCUGACGGACGACGAGCGGAAGCCGGAAAACUUAAUGGGGCAUCCGGGACAUCUGGGGCAGCAUCAUCCGUACUACCACCAUUCGAUGCUCGGGGGACACCACCAUCAAAAUCAUCUUCAUCAGCAGCAGCAGCAGCAGCAUCAGCUGCAGCAUCAGCAACUGCAACACCAUCCGCACCAUGGCGGGAUGUUGAAGGGCGAGCUGGACCAUUCAAAAAACCAAACGGGCAGCGACUGUGGGGUGCCGAUUCCAGCCUCAAAGCCAAAAAUCUGGAGUCUAGCCGACACAGCCGCUUGCAAAACACCACCGCCACACCACCUUCCGCUCCAUCUUCAGCACCACCAUCAGCACCAUCCGCAUCAGCAGCAUCCGCAGCAGCAGCAGCAUCAGCAUCCACUGCAGCACCAUCAGCAGCAGCAGCAUCCCGCACAGGGCCUGCACGCUUCCUGGAUGACCGGUACGAAUGCCGACUAUCACCCAACCCAAGCGCAGCAGGCCCAUCAUCUGCAGCAGCAGCAGCAGCAGCAGCAUCUGCAACAGCAAUCGCAGCAGGCGCUUCAUUUGCAGCAACAGCAGCAGCACCAUGUGCCGCAGCACCAGGGCAACAGCAAUGGAGCGAACAGUAUGAUGAUGAUCGGAGACGCCGGUUCGCCCAUGAGUAUGAGUAUGGCAAAUACCACCACCAACAGCAGCAACACUCCGCCCAACAACCUCUCCAGCAGCCAAGGUAUGGGGGCGAGUAUGGGCAGUGGUAUGAUGAACAGUUUCGCGAGUACCCCCUAUUCCCGCUAUGGGGGGUUUCUAGCCGGAGCUCAACACUACAAUACUACCCCCAGCAACAGCAACAGCAGCAAUACCAGCAACAGCAGCAGCAGCAGCAACAGUUCGACUACGGGGCCGGUGCUGAACCACCCUACAACGCCAACUUUGCAGCAGCAGCAACAGCAGCAGCAGCAAGGCAACAGCCUGCAGCAGCAACAACAGCAGUCCCAGUCUAUGAACAGUACCACCCAGCAGCAACAGCAGCAGCAAUCGAUGGGGUUUCCCGAGGUUCAGACCGACACUCCGCCGCAAACCCCACCGAAUAUGAAGCUGCCCAGCAUGGCGGCGAACCUUCUUACAACACCUACGACCGGUACCUGUUACAGUAGCGGCAACACGGCCACGUCCAAUGUGGCGGGUGCGAACAGCAACACCGGCAACAACAAUCCCUCCACGGCUGGCAGUAACAAUGGCGCUGGGAGUAAUGUCCCUGGUGGCGGUUCCAGCAGUGGAUACGCGUCCUCACCGGACUCCAUUUCGCAACAAGGCACGGGCACACAGUCCGGCGGAUACUAUCGAAUGCAGCAACAGCAGCAGCAGCAGCAACAACAGCAACAAUCACAGGAACAACCGGAUGGUUUCAAACCGUUCUUCAAAAACGCAUCGCAAGUCGGUAACGGUUACGUAUCGCCGGUCUGA